GGACGACAGCGCGCUUCGGCUGUGUGGGCAGCGAAGGCAGGACGCACCACGCACCGCACACUCUGAGAAGUCACCAACCGCCCGUACCGCUCCUGACGUGCGCACCCUACGCCCCCCGCCCGUCUCGCGCGGGCUCCUCCGAGAUUGACGUCAAGGCGGUCCAGGAGCAUGCGCACGCGGCUCUCAGCCCGCAGGGUCCCGAGCGCGCAGAGAGCGCGCGCUUUCGGGAAUCUUCGGUGCGCUACGUUUUCUCCCCCGCUGUCUGGGUUGGUGGCUCGAACUGAGGAGCGCGAGCCUGUCACUCCUGCCCUGGUCUCUGUAGCGCCUGGCGAGAGCCAGUGGCUUUGACGACCCACGGCGGGGUGUGUUCCCUACUGGCCGCAGCUGUCCCAGGGUCUGUUCUGGAAGAGGCCUGAGAGCGGGGUUGCCUGGGUCGUGGGAGCCCCUCACCUCUCGCGUCAUGGUGAAGAAGAACAGUAUCCCCAACGGUUGGAGGACUGUGACACCAAUUGGACAUCCUCUACCUGGAACCCGAUUUAUUGCUUUUAAAGUUCCUUUAAAGGGAGCAGUUAAUCAGAGACUUACUCCAACCCAGAAGUUCACACCAAAAGACUUGAUUAGUGCAGUAAAAGCACUAAAUGUGGAGCUUGGAUUAAUUAUCGAUUUAACAUAUACCACAAGAUAUUAUGAAGUUAAGGAUUUACCUAAAAGUAUUCAUUAUAAAAAACUUUACACUGUUGGCCUUGAAGUUCCUAAUAAUGCUACUAUUCUGCAGUUCAAAAAGUGGGUCAGAAAGUUCCUGUGGGAAAAUGCAAAAAAUGAUAAACUCAUUGGAGUUCAUUGUACUAAUGGAAUCAACAGAACAGGAUACCUUAUAUGUAGGUAUCUUAUUGAUGUUGAAGGCUGGGAUCCAGAUACAGCAAUUCAAGCUUUUGGUGAGGCCCGUGGUCAUCGAAUAGAUGGAUUUGUAUAUUUAAAGGAUCUCAAAACUCAACCCACAAGAAGUAACCUUGGAAUGGAUGUCUGGGAUUCUAAUGAAGAUACAACCCCCCCAUCUAAUUCUAUGGAAGAAUCUAGGGAUUGCCCCCCAAAUGAAGACUUUUAUGGGUCUGGGAAAAGGUCAAGGCUUCUUAAUGAUCUACACCCUCGAGAUGAUAUACAGAUAAUGGAUUAUGUUUAUGUCAACGGUAGACCUUCCCAGAGGCGUGGGGAUUUUUUUAAACACCAGUGUAAUGAUAGCAUGCCAGAAGAAAGACAUCUGAGAAAUUGGCAUUUUGGUAACAAAGGUCCAGGACCAAAAUGUUCAUUUAUUGCUGAUCACUGGUGUUAUGAUGUCUCCCAAGAGGAAAUAGAUUUCAAUAACAGGAUUGAGAGAACCUUCUCUCAUCAACCUGGGAGAAGACGAGAACCAUUUCAUGAUCACAAGCCUCACAGUGACUUCUGUGAACCAGAUGCUGGAGAUGAUUUUGAUUUUGUUAGCAAAGUUUGUGGACAAAGGAGACAUUCUGUUCAGAACCAGCAAGGCUUCAGUAAUUUGUGGGAACAAUUUCCAACCAAAGACUUAGGUUUUAUUAACGUAAGUCAGGGACUAAAGCGACGACUGCACCAUAACUACCAUGAGUACCCACCUCAUGGUGAUUUUCAGAACCAGUUACCUGUACAAAGUCUUAAUUACCUCAAUAGACGUGGCUUUGAAAGGCAAAAACCUUUCCGCCAGCACUAUUCUCAUGAUGAAAUGAAUUUGGAAGAUUUAGAGUAUACUGAUGAAGUUUCAGAGCACACCCUGGGACCUUUCCAUGAGUAUUCCAACAGUGAUUUUUCAGAGAAAAUGCCAUUGAAAAAAUGUGUUAACAAAGAUUAUGGAGAAAGACUACCACACUUUCCAAAGUUUCAAAAACAAAUGCAAUUAAGAAAUUUUUAUCUCAACAAUGGAACUGGACAAAAGCAUGUGUCUUACCUUGACCACCUACCUAGUAAUCCACAAGAGCAGAUUCUAUUGGAAGACUUGGACUUUGAACAGGAAACAUCCUUACAAAGAAUAAGAUCUUUUCAGGACCACCAACUUCCUAAUAACAUAAAUCCUGAUUGGUAUUUAGAUAAGAACCUUGGCCGUAAUGAUUGUGGGACCAGAAGUCAGAGAUUUAGUCAUCCAGAAGAUAGUCGAAGAAUAUAUCCUUCAAAUGGAUUCAAUUGCAGGAGACACAGCAGAUUCACAACAUAUCCUUCACGAGGACUUCCAUCUUCAUGGGUAUUCCAAGAAGAUUAUUCAGUUGAUCAUUGCAAAAGUAGAAAUACACGAGAUAUGGAACAGCACAAAAGGUCAUAUUUUUAAGCUACGGAUAAUAAUUAUGAAAUGCCUAUAGAUUGCAGGGCUGAAGGAAAAGAGCAUUAUGAUGUACUCUCGGGAAAAAAAAAAGGCUGAAUAGUUCACUCUAAAAACUGCCCACCAUUUACUUAUAUUUGUCCCUUUUUUAUUGUUACUGGGCCAAAAAUCAUUUCAUAUUAGAAAGUAAAAUAUGUUGAAAGACAACUUGUAUUAUUACAAAAUUAGCCAUCUACUGCUUUCAAUUUUUGUAAGAGUAUUUACAAAUGUAAAUAUUUAUAACCAACAAUGUAGAAUACAUAUAAUUGUUGCUCUUUCAAAACUGUAAAUCUAUUUGACUUUUUGAGGCUCUAUUUUUAGUUACAUAUGCUAAUGAUUGCACUUCUGGUUACAAACAUUGUAAAAAAUAAAUAAUUUCAUUAUGAUUCAUUUAUUCAUCUUAUAAAUAAUUAUUGUGUGCAUAUAGCAAGAGAUUAUUGUUUCCAACCAGCUGGUUAAACUACAAAAUCAUAAUAUUUUAAAACCUAUCAGAACUAAAUUCCUGAAAGUCACUAGGUUUUCUAUCCCUGGUAGAGUGACAGGACGAGGAAAAAAAAUCCAUCAUACAGAAAUAAGAAACCAGCUGAACCUUAAAGAAUUUUUAAGGGUUGCAAGUGGCUUGAAUUACAGAUCACCUACCAGCUCUCUCCCACUGGCUUCUAUCAAGAAGGCUAGGGGCGGGGCAGAAGAGCUGGGAAAAAAUCUCUUUGAAGCACCCUAGAUCUUCACUGAGUGUAAGACAGUGGCUCCCCAAAGGCAGAGGGCGGGGGAGACUGAAAUCUUCUGAGGCACAAAACUGACAAAAGAAACACUUAAGGAUUGUUGUAAAAAAGGAAGAUUAAGCUUGAGCUGGCCUAUUGUGGAACGGGCUGCCAGGUGAAGUACAGCAGUCAGGUACUAGAUGACCACCUACCUGAGAGCCAGUAGAAGGAACUCCAUGAAUGGUAAAGUAGUCUAGAUCUUAAACACCCAAAGUGUGGUCUCUGGAUAGCAGUACUGGCAUUACUUGGCAGUUUGUUAGAAAUGCAGAACCUCAGCUUCACCCCAGACCUACUGGCUUGUUUUUAUUAAUUAAAAUUAAAUACUUUUUAUUUCAACAGAAUCCCUGGGUGAGUUAUUUACAUAUUAAACUUUGAUAAGCAUGACCUUUUAAGAUGCAUUCUAAUCCUUAAAUUUUACUUCAAUAAUAUGUUUAAUCAAGUGCUGUUUGGUGAACUAUAAAGAAACUAAAUACAUGAUCCAAGAAGGAAAAGUUCAGUUUGGGGAAUCAAGAUGUCACUAGAGAAUCAAGAGUCAAGCUGGUCUUUAAAAGCUGGAGGAAGAAGAAUUGUCAUAUCAAAAGAUAACAAGCAGAAGUAGUGGUAUGGACCAACCUGCUUGGCAGCGGAUGGGGAGAUUAACUAGGACUGCUACCUUAGUUCCUGCUGAAAUACCCCUGAGCCCAACUUUUCAAAAAGAAAUAGGUCAUGUAUGUUGCCUGAAGGAGCUUAACCCAGACACUGAAUAGAAUGGUCUAAGUGCUCUAAUGGAUGCCCAGGCAAAGGGGUUGUGGUAACACAGGGAAGAGGUUUAUUCGGACUUGGAAAUUUGGAGAAGGCUUCGAUGAAGAAGAGGCAUUUGAAGUAAGCUUUGAAGGUAGAUGGAGGGGAGACAAAGGUAUUCCAAGUUGAGCAAAUACCCUGAAUGGUGUUGGGUGAAGAAUCAAUCUACCCUUACUGGAGUGUAAGGAACAUCAGAGGGGUGGAAUGGGAUGUGAACUUGUAGAGAGCUCGUAGUCAUGGAUCAAAAGGCUUGAAUGUCUGUUGGAGGGUUUGAGCUUAUUAUAUAGGCAAUGGAAAGCCACCAAGAAUUUUAAGUGGGGAGCAGUGUGAUUAAACCUGCUUUUUAUAUAGAUUAAUAUAGCAGUGAGGGAUUUCAGACAAGACCAGUAUUUCUGUUAUCAAGUCUUUAUUGGGGUGACAAGAUCAGAAAGGAGAACCAAAAUGAAAAAUGAUACAAAGGCAGAAUGGGCAGGUUCUUUUAAUGAAGCUGAUCCUGAUCUUGGUUACUUGAAGCAUUAGUGGCAUUAAUCAUGGUAAAAUGCACAGAGAGAUUUGGGAGGAAAAGUAAUGUUCAGUUUAGGUCAUCCUAAGUACACACUAUGCCCUGCCUAGUUCCCAAGAUUUUCCUCCUUGUGUUAGAAUUUCAUUAUAAGGAGUGGUGUUGUUUCUUAUGUGACUAUAUUUCACUUUUCAUUGACUAAUCUAUGAUCUCUGAUGAGCUUUGCUAUUCAGCAUACAUGCAAAAAGCACAUAAAAACAAAAAGUCAACUCAGGUGCUGAUGUGGGUGAUAUCAUCAUUGUAUCAUCAAUUUAAAUAUCAAAUUUAAUGCAAUGCAAUAAAUUUAGUAAAUUUAUCAAUUUAAAAAAUAGAGAAGUGCAAAAGGCAUAUCAUUGUUUUUAUCACGUGUACACUUU